AUGGAUUCAUUAUAUACGACACAAUUUUACUCGUGGAUAAAAAACCCACAGAAUCGAGAAUACGCAGCAUUGCGAUUACGACCGCUCGUUGAAGAGUAUAAUAGUUUAUCACAUACUGCACGAGUUCUACGAUGGAUUGCAUCUGAUUGGAAACCAUCUGAAGCAAAAGACUUGUUCCGAUUGGUGACCGAGAAAUGGGACGAAGGGAAAAGACGAUUAUUGGCCUUUUUUUUAGUGAGGGCUCAACGUGAGGAAGAAGGCUUAUUCCCAAAAAGAAGACGUCUGGAGGGGCUCACCGAUAAAACUGGGAAGGGAAUCUACACAUUCAAGAAUCGAAAUCGUUGCAAACGUGGUUGGCGUAAUGUUGAUUGUAAAGAGGUCUUGCCAGAUUUUAUGCUGGAAAUCUGUGAGUUUGAGGAUGCCAUCUCAUCAGAACUGCCCGAAUCAUCUUCACCAGGAAGUGAAGAAGAAUCGCAACUCAAGUGUCCUAAAU